CUCCCCCUCAACACCUCCCGAGCACUACAUCACGCACUUAAGACUCUCUCGCCACCUCCUAAACACACCCUUACCGACUCCUCAGCCUCUUCGCAUCACAGAUCCUUCGGGAGCUUUACAUCACGCGCUUGAAACUCUCUCGCCACCUCCUAAACACCCAAAUACACACCCUUGCCAGCUCCUCGAUCUCUUCGCGUCACAGAUCCCUCAAAAGCUCUACACCACGCACUGAAGACUCUCGCUACGUGCCAAACACACACCCUCACCACCAUCUCAACCUCGUCGCGUCACAGAACCUCCAAAAUGGCACCCACGGCCCUCCUCCACUCCCUCGCCGACGCCGUCUCCAACACCGCCGCCCAGCACCUCCACAAACGCGACAACAUGGGCUACGCCAUCCCGCCCUCCCUCAUCGUGCUGAUCUGCAUGCUCGGCGCCGGCAUCUGUGUAUGCCUGGGCUUCGCGGUCCACAGCCAGUUCUUCGGCACGUCGAGCAACGAACUAAAGUCAAUGUCCCCGGAGCAGAUGGACUACAUGCGCGAGGUCCGGGAGCGGAACAUGGCGGCGCUGCAGGGCACGAUAGGGCGGAGGGGCAUGAAGAGGCCGAUUGUGAGUAAUAUGAGUUGAGCGGGAGGAAGGGAGGUCUAGAGGAGGGAUGAUGGGGAUAGGUGUUGGACUGAAUGGCGAGGAGGUCGCGUGAUUAUACGACAGCGAUGGGUUCCGGCGUUUGAGUUUACGGUUUUUGAGAGCUUUCUUUUGUAGAUGGUAGUGAGAGAAUGUGCCACGGCGAGUGAGGGCGAUAAAGGAUACACAUGGGCUCUGUUCAAGGCGGAUAAUGGGAUGCAGAUGCAACACUUGCUGGCAUUGUUGCCUUUGGACUAGACGUAUCUGAAAUAUAAUGCAAGAGAGUGACGAACAUG